AGAGGUCCGGGUCUGGCUCGCGCGCUGUGGGAGUGCAACGUUAAGUGCCACGAAACUUCCUUUCCGGACAGGGUUUCUUUUUUAACCACCUUUAUGUUUUAUUAUUAGCACCGCUUUUUAUUUUUAUUUUAUUUUUAAAUUGCAAAUACGUCUUUUCCUCCCUUCGCUGUCUUUUCCCUUCCAUGUGCACAGAAGGAAUUUGAUGAGCGGGCUGAACUGGACUGGCUGCGGUCAGCUUUAGGGAUCUUGGUGCUGGGGGCUGCUGCCGAGGAGGUCUGGGGAGAUGAGCAGUCGGACUUUCUAUGCAACACACAGCAGCCUGGCUGUGAGAACGUCUGUUACGACGAAGCCUUUCCCAUCUCCCACAUACGCUUCUGGGUACUGCAGAUCAUCUUUGUCUCCACCCCAACCCUCAUCUAUCUGGGUCCUUAAGCCUCCAUUAUGGCAUGGAGGAGAAAGAAAGAGAAGGGAAGAAGCUGAUGGAGGGAAGCUGGCAAAUAGCAAGGAGGACUGUCACCCAGGGGGGUCAGAAGCAGAAUCCAGUGGCGGCAACCACAGUAGCAUUAGCAAACCUGUGCCCCCACAGAAAGAAGAGAAACUACCGCUCUGCGACGAACAUGGCAGGAUUCGCAUGGCAGGUGCUCUGCUGCGCACCUAUGUUUUCAACAUUGUUUUUAAAACUGUAUUUGAAGUUGCCUUCAUUGUGGGCCAGUAUUUCCUUUAUGGCUUUGAACUGAAGCCGCUGUAUCGCUGCAGCCGCUGGCCUUGCCCGAACAUUGUGGAUUGUUUCAUUUCACGGCCCACAGAGAAAACUGUCUUCAUCAUCUUCAUGCUGGCAGUGGCUUGUCUGUCUCUGCUGCUCAACAUGCUCGAGAUGUACCACUUGGGGUGGAAGAAGCUCCGGCAGGGCAUGUCCAGUAGAUUCCACCAAGAGCCACCUGUUGCUACCACCAUCACAUCAUUCUCAGAAGCAGAAGACUCCAAACCUGUCUCCUUGUCGGCUUUGCCGUCAACAACACCACCACCUGUUCCCUCAACCACUGUGCCUGAGACUCGUGCCACCACUCCACUGGUUUUUCAGGAAAGGGGAGUGCCACGUUACGCUGAGGCUGUCUCUGGGUCCCACCUAGCCUCUGCCUCAACCUCCCUGGCUAGCUAUCCAGGGAGGCCACCCGUUAGUCAGGAGAGGCAUAAAGCCACCAGUCACACUGCGGUCUCUACUCCUAUAGCAACUACAUCUUCCAUCCCUUCACCCUCAUCAGUGGUCAACUCCUAUUUCAACAGCUGCAGCCACGGGCUGGCUGAUGAGCAGAACUGGGCCAACAUGGCCGUCGAGCAGCAGAGGAAAAUACCAGUGUCAAGUUCAUCUUCUUCCACCACUCAGAGCCGCCAACGCUCACCUCUUGAGCAAGAGAAGCAUCCCAUACUCUCACUUCCUUUGUCAUUUGUAGCUGCUACCAAUAGUAGUAGCAUGAGCACCAGUCUGAGUAGGGGAAGUAGCAGCAAGUGGGAUGGAGAUGGUGAAGAGGAGGAACGGCCUAUGUCCACUACCUGCACCCUGGUGGAGAUGCAUGACCCGCCCCUGCUCAUAGACACACGCCGCUUGAGCAGGGCUAGUAAGUCAAGCAGCAGUAGAGCCAGGUCUGAUGACUUGACCAUAUAGCUUGGUCCUCCCCACUCCAUGCUGGAAGAGGUAGAUUAUGAAUAUAGCCAAGUGUAAAGGGGGCGCAUGCCAGAGUGGGGCAGGGAUUAAGCUAGGUUCAGUCCCAGGAUAGGGACUUGGAAAGGCCAGGAUUCCAAACUUUGAAGCUUGUGUUUCUUGCACUCUGUGGGUUGCAGUGGGCAGGGAUAAAUACCGAUAUUUUUUCAGUAGGUCGGGGUGGUUGACUCACAGCCCACUGGCCAAGGGACCAAUUGCAAAUCAGAUCAUGAGCGAGGAAAGAGAUUUUCACAGGUGAUGGGUGCAGGUAGCAAUGAAGAUGUUGCUGUUGUGAUGACAUAGCUCCAAGAACAAUGUUUAGUGUAUGUUCAGUCCUCACAUAUGUCAUCUCACCCUCAUCCUUACUGCUGUGAUGUUGCCUUGCUCAGGUUCACAUCUAGAGGCGUUUUCCUUCCUCUUAACCCCUGCCACCCACCCACACAUCACUUCCAUGAACAUGAGGCGAAUGUCGGAUCAUUAAUCACAUUCUUGAUUGUAUUAUAAGCAAAAAUUUGUUUUCUGUGUCUUCCAUUUAAUCUCUGCAACUUCCAGCAGUUGACAAAUUGCUGAUUUCUAGUGCCUCUGGACUGGACAAUACCGAGGUUACCCCUGCAGUAGAUUCUAGCACUCAUCUUUCCUUUAUUAUAAUUCUUUCUUCCUUUUCUUUUUUUGAUCUGUGUCCAGCUUGAGAUUCUAUCCAUUGUUUCCAAACCACAAUGAUGUAUUUUAAAUCCAUGUGUUUUUUUUCUUUAAAAAAAGAGAUAUGGUUGCGUUUUUUAAAAAAAUCCUUCUGGAUCAGUAACUAAGGAAAUAGUCCUGAGUACAUCUACUCAAAAGUAAGUCCCCUUUUAUUCACUGGAACUUACUCCCAGAAAAAUGUGUUUAGGAUUGUCGUUGAAAAGACCUCAAAAUGUUUUGCAGAAUUCUGGAUUAAAAACUAAGAGAAUUGCUGUAAGAAAAAAAAUAUAGAACUAUUUUUAAGUGAGUAGGACAGUUAGAGAUUUAUUUACAAAGAAUACCAAGGGCACAAUCCAGUCCUAUUGUUUUUAAAAGCACUUAAAACAACAGGUCUUUCAAAAUGCUGAAUUCUAGUCAGCUGACACUCUCUGAGGUAAUAAAAUGCACUCCACAAAAGCCAUAAAUAGUGAAAGUGAAAAGUACAGCUAAGAGCAUGUACCUUAAUAUUUUCAAAUAAUCCAAUUUUCAGAUUCCUUGACAUUCUUAGUCUUAAUUUUAAUCUUACAGAGUAACUCAUUUCACAAAAUUAAUUAAUUUUAAUCUUACAGAAUAACAUAGCCACUCUUUUCCCCCUCAGUAGCCUUCCAGAGUUAUAGCCACAUAUAGGAAACAACUUCCAGUUGGUUUCUUUUCAGGUCUAAAAGCUCUUCAAAAUAAAGUCUGACCCAGAGAAUUUUGAGUGCAUUUGAGUCUCAUUUAAAUCCGUUGACUCGCUCGCAACCUUGAUGUCUGGGUCUCCUCUCUGACAAUAUUAUGCUCCUUGGAGUCUUCUGUGUUCACACUAAUCAUUCCCUCGAUCCAGUUGUGUGUAUGUAAAGUGCUGUCAAGUCACAGCUGACCUACGUUGACCCAGUAGGAUUUCAA